GGAUGUUUCACUAAGAGAAGCUUGACCAUGACCUGUUUACCAGCUAACUCCACCACCAAUAUGAAAUCAAGUGUUUCCUGACCAUGACCUCGUGGACCUCAUCAUAUUGCAUACCUAGUGAAGUUCUUUUAUGUAAACUUGUGCAAAGACACCCAGGACGUUCAUUAUAAGUAAUCAAACUUUGAGUUAAUAUACUGAAGAGCUCUUUGUUCAGAUGUCAGUAAAACUUGUUGUGCUUGCUCAUUCGGACACUAAAAGGAACGUGCAUUGCUUGGGUCCCUAUUCUCUUUGUUUAUAUGAUAUAAAAAGUCCAGAAGUGCUCUGAAUUCACCAGCACUGUCAAUAGGCAAUGUGGGGCAGUUAGCAGUAGAUCUGUUGGUUUCCUCAAUGAGAGCUGCAAGAAUUGGUUAUUUGGACGACCCUUGUGUUCUGCCUUGUAUUGGUAACAAUGCUUAUGAGCCACUUCCUAUUGGGGAGCUUGCCCUCCCUCUUGAAGUUUAUGAAUCAACACCGAAUGCAUUGACCCUUGUUCAGCAAAGGUCACCUGUGAUCAAGGGGAAAAUGGUUGAUUUUGCAAAGAACCUGGCUGAUUUUAUUGCAACUUGUGGGAAGAAGCAUGUUGUUCUGCUAUCUAGCUUAGAUUUUGGAAGGUGGCAACAAAUUGACACAUCAAGUGGUUCGCAGAUACACUAUCUUUCUAGCACCAAGGACGACGGAACUGAUGACUACUGUGAACAAAUGGGAUGGAGACGCCUGCAUGAAUAUGAUUCAGAGCAGUCACGAUGGAAAUAUCUUAGCACUCUAACCGAAGCCAAGACUACACAGGAGCACGGCCCACCUUUUGAUGAAGAGUUGGAGGAGGGAGACUAUCUUCCAAGUCUACCAUUUGCCUCUCUUUUCACUUUUUUGAAGGCCAAAGGUGUAAAGGUCACCUGCUUAUUAUGCUAUUGUUCAGAAGGAGACAACAUUCCCGAUGCUUUCAAUUUGGCUGAGGCAACAGGCAAACUUCUGGGUCUGCGUCCUGGUGAUGAAGGCAUCAAAUGGGUAGUCCCCUAUUCUUGGAAGUCUGUUUAUGGACCACCACCAGAUCUGUCCAUCUUCUAGGCAAAGAUGGGUUGAGGAUGGGACUCCUUGUCAGUUUUGCUGAAAUGAUGAUACAAGAAGAAGCAGUUCAAGAAAAUUGAUCUUGUAUAGUAAAGUAGAAAUGAAAAGCCUCUCAAUCCUUUCUGUAACAGGUGAAUGCUUCCCCUCUUUUUAGUUAAUCUAUUCUACUUUAAUCCAUUUGGAAUUUAAAAUUUUCUGUUUCGGAGUUGUGUAUUCAAAUGGUAAUUGCUUAUCUAAAGUUUUAUUGAUUAAAAUUGUACUCUUAGCUAUAUUUAUUUGCUAGAAAUAGAUGUAUUUGUAAGAUUCCUUCUUCUUCCUC